CUCAUGAAAGGUCAUGGAUUUCAUGAUUCAUGAAUGUGUGUGAACCUUGUAACAGCUAGCGAUCAUUUCGAUCUGUGCCGUCAAGGAGGGAAGAACUUUGGAAGUUCGUGUUAGUGCUUAAUAUUUGUGCGUACAAUAGAAUAAAUGAUGCCAGAAUAAGUGAAUUAAUGUAUAUUUGUACACGUUGUGUGUGGUGUGAAGAAUUACUAGACCUUGAAGAAGCUGUCUUGUCUGAACACUGAAGCAAAAAUGUCACCUCUGUCGUUUGGUCUAAGACGUAAGACUGAAAAUAGGCAUUUUAAAGACUGUCAUCAUAAUGUUUUUUUACCAACGGAUUUAUGGACAAAGUGGAUCACUUUGUUGCUCGUCGUUUCUGUUUUUGGUCAGUAUGCUACUGCAGAAGAAUAUCACUGUGUAUGGUAUGGCCAGUGUAAUAAAGAUGAUUUGGGGAGAUAUCAGAAUUGUCCAUAUGAAGGUCCAGCAAAAGAGUUGGAAGCAGGUGGCCAGAAAUUACUAAAAAAAUGGUGCCCCCAUUUUUCUGACAGUAAAGUGCCUGUAGUGAAAACUUGCUGUGAUACAAACCAGUUGAAAACAAUGGAUCAGAAUAUUCUGUUGGCAGCAGCUUUUCUUCAGCGAUGCCCGUCGUGCUUACAGAAUCUUGUCAAGCACAUCUGUGAUUUUACAUGUGCAGAUGAUCAAAGCAGAUUUAUCAAUGUGACAGAGAUUGAGCAUAGUGAAACUGAAGAUAAAGACUAUAUCAAUAGUAUAGAAGUAUACAUUCAAGAUGAAUAUAUGAAUGGCACAUUCAACUCUUGCAAACAAGUAUCCGUGCCAUCAACAAGUCGUCUGGCACUUGAUAUGAUGUGUGGAGAAUGGGGUGCAAGCCGCUGUUCACCCAAGAAGUGGUUCACAUACAUGGGAGAAGCUGAGGACAAUCCAUUUGUCCCAUUUCAGAUUACUUAUAUUGAGACAGACAGACCAAUAGGAAAGUAUGUUCCAAUGAACCCAUCAGUAACACCCUGUAGCAAAGGAAUAAGUCCUGAGGUACCUGCCUGCAGCUGCGUGGAUUGUGAAGCAAGUUGCCCUGUUCCGCCACCAGAACCACAACCGUCAAAGCCAUUUAUAGUAUUUGGCAUGGAUGGUGUUCCAGUCAUCAUGGGCAUAAUUUGGGCUGUGGGGUCACUAGUGUUCCUCAUAGCUGUAUUUUGCUGUUCUGAUAGCAAGAACACCAUAGCAAGCCUGGUACGGGGUGAUGGAGCAGAUGAGGUUAGACACAUCGUUGGACAACGGCUGGCUGGUAUUAACCAAUCUCGGAUUGCCCUCGGUGCAGAUGAGGAAGAAAGUCCCUUGCAAUCAAAAAGAUCUAGUGUGAUUAGUCCUAAUGAAGAGGCUUUACCAAAACAUGUGGACCAGGGUUCACCCUCAUUUCUAGAAAAGUUAGGGGCCGGAACAGAUGCUUUGUUGGGAGACUUUUUUUGGUGGUGCGGCACAGGCUGUGCUCGUUAUCCUUGGCUUGUUUUGUUUGUGGGACUGUGUGUGGUAGUUGGUUUGGGUCAUGGCAUCAAAUACAUAAACGUAACCACAAACCCAGUAGAACUGUGGGCUUCACCGAAUAGCAGGUCAAGAGUUGAACGAGAAUAUUUUGAUAGCCACUUUGAACCCUUCUACCGCACAGAACAGGUUAUCAUCCAUGCAUCAGGAUAUAAGUCUAUUGUUCACAAUACUUCAAAUGGACCCAUAGUUUUUGGACCUGCUUUCAACAGUACUUUCCUAAAGACAGUUCUGUCCCUUCAGGAAGAAAUAAAAAAGAUUGGAAGUGAAGAAGGCAGUGGGUUAGAGAAGAUCUGCUUUGCUCCGUUGACAUCACAGUUCACUGGACCACCCCAUGUAAGACAGUGUGCGGUUCAGAGUGUCUGGGGCUACUUCCAAGAUAGUGAAGAACUUUUUAAUGAAACUGAAACUGAUCCAGAAGGAUUUGUUGUGAACUACUUGGAUCAUUUUGUGAAGUGCACGCAGAAUUACUACAAUCCUGAAUGCCUUGCUGGGUAUGGAGGCCCUGUCGAUCCAGCCAUAGCUUUAGGUGGUUUCUUGAACGCUGGAGAGUCAUUACAAGGUGAACCAAGCUAUGAGAAGGCCACAGCAGUAAUCCUUACAUUUCUUGUCAAUAACUAUCACAACAAGACCAAACUGGUACCAGCUCUUGAAUGGGAACAGAAGUUAGCUGUUUUUCUGUUUCAGAUUGACAGCAAAGUGACACUUGGUUUAGGAGGAGUGUUAAUUGUACUUGCUUCUGUAGGUUGCUCAGUGGGCUUCUUUGGCUUUAUUGGUGUUCCAGCAACCUUAAUCAUCAUUGAAGUAAUUCCGUUCUUGGUACUUGCCGUGGGCGUCGACAAUAUCUUCAUUCUUGUGCAGACACAUCAGAGAGAACCUCGCCGUCCAAAUGAAAGCCAUGUGGAACAUAUAGGUCGUGUUGUUGCCCAAGUCGGGCCAUCCAUGCUCCUGACAAGCUUGUCAGAGUCAUGUUGUUUCUUUCUAGGAGCUUUAUCGGACAUGCCUGCAGUUCGUGCAUUUGCUUUGUAUGCAGGAAUGGCUCUGCUGAUCGAUUUCUUACUUCAGAUCACCUGCUUUGUCAGUUUGUUAGCUCUGGACACCAUACGACAAGCAGGCAAUAGAUUAGAUGUUUGUUGCUUCAUGCAUGGUCCUAAGGCUGAAGUAGAUCCCAGCUCUGAGGGAAUCCUAUACAAGCUCUUCAAGGUUCUCUACGUGCCUUUGCUAAUGAAGACACCGGUCAGAGCUGCUGUGAUGGUGGUAUUUUUUGGCUGGUUAUGCACAAGUAUUGCUGUAAUCCCUGGCAUUGAAGUUGGUCUGGACCAAGAACUCUCAAUGUCUGAAGAUUCAUAUGUUCUUAAAUAUUUCAAGAACAUGAGCCGUUAUUUAUCCAUUGGGCCCCCAAUGUAUUUUGUUGUCAAAAGUGGUCUGAAUUACUCAGAUCCCAAUAACUCUCACAUUGUGUGUGCACCCCAAGGCUUCUGUGGCUCAACACAUUUCUUAGUGAUUGCAUUUUUUUUUUGCUUUCAUAUUUACAGAACGUACAUUGCUAGAGCUGCAGCUUCAUGGAUAGAUGACUACUAUGAUUGGUCAGCUCCUAAUUCCGGAUGUUGCAGGUUCUUUCCACAGAACAGUUCCUUCUGCCCGCAUAGCCAUUCUGGCUGUUUAGACUGUGUUAUUCGUGUUGACAAAAAAACCGGUCGACUAGUUCCAGUUGAUUUUGAAAAGUACAUCCCAUUCUUUUUGCAAGAUAACCCAGAUGAAUCCUGUGCUAAGGCUGGACAUGCGGCUUACGGACAGGGUGUUAGAUAUGAAGUGGAUGAACACGGCCUUGCCCAUGUCGGAGCAAACUAUUUCAUGGCAUAUCACACAAUCUUGAAAACAUCGAAGGAUUAUUUUGAGUCACUGAGAUCAGCUCGGACAAUUUCAGCAAAUGUUACAGACACCAUAAACUCGCAUUUGCAGACCUUGGGUUACAGUACCACCAUUGAAGUGUUCCCAUACAGUGUCUUCUAUGUCUUUUAUGAGCAGUACUUAACAAUGUGGUCUGACACACUGUUCAGUCUUGGAGUUUCAUUAGCGGCUAUUUUUGGGGUGACAUUCCUUUUGAUGGGUCUGGACAUUUCUUCAUCCAUUGUGGUGAUUAUUACCAUCACAAUGAUUGUGGUGAACAUUGGAGGCCUCAUGUACUGGUGGCACAUUACAUUAAAUGCUGUCUCUCUUGUCAACCUUGUAAUGGCUGUUGGCAUUUCUGUGGAGUUUUGUAGUCAUCUUGUACAUUCUUUUGCUGUGUCAGUAAAGGAAACUAGAGUAGAGAGAGCUGCAGAUUCACUAACAAGCAUGGGAAGUUCGGUUUUCUCUGGAAUCACCCUAACGAAAUUUGGAGGCAUUCUGGUUUUAGGGUUUGCAAAGUCUCAGAUCUUUCAGGUAUUCUACUUCCGCAUGUAUCUUGGCAUUGUGCUUUUUGGAGCAGCUCAUGGGCUCAUUUUCCUGCCAGUACUUUUAAGUUAUAUUGGUUCUCCCAUGAACAAAGUCAAAGUGGCCAACCACGAGAGACAUCUGCAGCGGCUGCAGAUUCAGGAUAAUGCUGCUUGUGGGGAAACUUCAUUAAAUAGAGUAAGCAUCAGCAAGGGGAAGGGAGGGUCGGAGACAGCCGACUUAGGGAUGUGGUCGCCUCACUCACAACUCCCGGGAAGGAGUGAUGUCUCAGAGAUGGGGACGUACCGAAGCCUUUCUGGACACACGUCCACUGAAUUCUGCUGACAACAGUGCACCUAGCACAUCUCAAUCCCCACUUAUAGUUGGUCCACUCCCCGGUAACUAUGACAGCAUUUAGCGGCAGAGCUUUCCCAUGGUGCACUUUGCUACAAUGGUAGUUAAUCUCACUUCACCUGCUCACAAUUCAACCCCAUAAUUGUUACCUACACCUGCAUCAGAGGAUCAGAUACAGUUCAGUUAUCAAGCGACAUAUGUACUAUGUGAAAGGAAAACAAAUAUAUCUAGCAAGUUGUGUAAAUUCAUGAACAGAAGUGGUCCUCCAGUGGAGUUAUACUCUGUAUCACAGUUCAUAGUACUCACUUUCCAUAGUUGCUUACUACACAGGUUGGUGGCAGUUGGCACUGUAUUGAGUUUCAGUACCAUCCCAUUCUGUCAUGCCUGGAAGGUCAUAAAAGUGGAUGGAAUCUUCCAGUAACCUUAUCUGUUCUUUCAAUAUGCCAUGACUGUAGCCUCCAAUUAAAUAAUGUACAGAAAACACCAUAGAAUCUUACACAUUUGUGUAGUGAUUCAAGUAAUAUAUGAUUCUCAGCCAUCUUUCCUUUGAGAUUAAACACUAUAUGAGUGUGAUAAGCAGUGGGAAAUAGAUGGAGACUUGCUUUAUGAGCACGGAUAUUCAGUGAAUGCACUACCGCAAGUAUCAGUGAAGGACCACACAGUUUGGUGUUUCUGUUUUACAUUUUUACUGUGGAGAGCCCCUGAAUACAAUCAGCAGGUUUUAUUGAGAGUUCCUGAAUGUAAAACAGUAUUUGAGGCUAUUAAGCUUACAAUUUGAGAUACUUUGUAAGCAACAGUGUGCAGUCUGCCUGUCCUUCUGUAGCAGCAGUAUUGUAAUGAUAGUAUAAAUUUAUAUCUUUCCAUGUAACAGCAGCACACCAGUCCAGUGAAACUGGUGGUUAUAUUUUACUACAGUUCAGUACGUAAGAAGCCUGCAUAAUGCAGUGAACAUUAAUUAUAUAAAAAGAUUUUAAAAAUCCUGUUUGUACUUUCUUAGCCAGAAACUCUACCUACUGUGCCUCAGGAAUGACUUAUAUUUGAAUAAAUGCACAUUUCUGAUUAGAAGGUCUAAUGUUGAUAUAUUUUGCACCUUUCAUAAUGAAGUUCUGUAGUAACACUGAUGAAGGGAGGACUGUAGGAUUCAGUAGGUCAGUUAUUUUUCUGUUCUAUAAUUUAAUAAUUGUUGCAAACGUACUGAAGCUCCUGUUAUGAACUUAAGUGAUUUUCAACGACUUAAAUGAUUUUGAAAGCUGUGUCUCUUAACUAUAUUUGUUAUUAGCAAAAUGAUUCUGUAAGUCUACAAUUUAGUUCUUGAAAUAUAUAUGUUUAAGGAUGGAAAAGUAAUACAUUGCAUAGUUUAUAUUU